GGUUGUAGUAACUAAUUCCUUACAAGUUUCAUCUUCCUCCAACACGAUGCCUGAGCCAGCUAAGUCCGCGCCCAAGAAGGGCUCCAAGAAAGCCGUCACUAAGGCCCCCGGAAAGGGCAGAGGGACGCGCAGGAAGACAAGAAAGGAGAGUUACGCCAUCUACGUGUACAAGGUACUGAAGCAGGUCCACCCCGACACCGGCAUCUCGUCCAAGGCCAUGAGCAUCAUGAACUCCUUCGUCAACGACAUCUUCGAGCGCAUCGCCUCCGAGGCGUCUCGUCUGGCUCUCUACAACAAGAGAUCCACCAUCUCUUCCAGGGAGAUCCAGACCGCCGUGCGCCUCCUGCUGCCGGGUGAGCUGGCCAAGCACGCCGUGUCUGAGGGCACCAAGGCCGUCACCAAGUACACCAGCUCCAAGUAAAAUGCUCCAGUAGAAACAUUCCAUCUCUGCUAAAACGGCUUUAAGAGCAACAGUACCACUGACAUUCCUUCUGAUCCAAUGAGUACAAUUCAGGCAUAUAUACCUACUGUUUGGUCACAUUUAAAGUGGUGUGUUUCAAGGUUUACUGUACUUGGGGGCUCAUCAAGCGGUUAUACAAUCAAAUAUGUUAUCUCCAUUAUAUUUAACUCUGUGCU